CGACCUUUGACUAUAUAGUCAAAGGCCUCGACACUCUUCCUCGAGAUGUCCUGCAUAUCUGCCGGGUGCCUGAGAGUUUGCGGCCGGUCCUGGGGAAUAGUCGGAGAGCAUUGGAUGGGAGAGAAGAGAGAACAUAUAUCGUCGAUCAUCGUUUCGUGCGAUGAUGGUAUGGCGGUAGAGGAUAGUGGAUCGCGAGUAUGCGGUUUCAAACCUGGUGUGAUAAUAUAUCAUGAAGAUAUCGCGGCGAACAUGAGCGAGCAAAGCUAUUAUUAUAUUCUCUUAAAUCGCUAGUAACUCUAACGCUCCUGUGUGUGUCCCGUCGUCUCUUUGUAUUUUCCUCGCAGCGUUCUCUCUCUUGUACAACCUGUACCUAUGUGUCUCGCGAGCGACAGAGAGGAAAUGUAACGUAAUAUGACAACGAUGGCAUCGUCUCGACGGAGCGAGUCCACGAGUGCCGCUGUCACAGAUCAUGCUCCUACGUUGUCGCUUUGACAAUCAGCUGAUCAGCGCGAUGUCCCGACGUGAUUCUACUAGGAUGGACCGAUAGACGCUUGGAUUGUCGGAUUCAUCUCGCAGUGGCUAAUAAGAAUCGCGCGCACGAUUUAAUCUCGCGAGCUUGAAGUGGCAGCGUGAGAUGCAUGUCUUGUGGAAAGCUCGUACAUAAUGCACAAAGUAUCUACAAAAUUAUGAGCGAGAGUCUUCUAUGCCCUAAUUAUUGAACAAUAAAGAAAAAGCACAACAAUGAACAGGGCAGAAAGCGCAGAUGCCGGUAAGGGUUGGCGCGAAUGCGCCAGCUGGUUGACGAGAUGCGGCGCAUUACGAGCGGAUCACAAGGCCAAUUGGCCACAGGCGACAGCAUUUGACUUGGCCUACACGUUGCGAGAUGGUGUCUUGCUUUGCAAUUUAUUGAACAUUGUGGACUCGGGUUGUAUAGACAUGAAGGAUGUGAAUCAGAAGCCGCAAAUGGCACAGUUCCUGUGCUUGCGUAACAUAAAGGUGUUCCUGUCAGCAUGCUCGAGCGUCUUUGGUCUCACCGACUCAGAACUCUUUGAGCCGUCUAUGCUAUUCGACCUAUCUAAUUUCCAUCGUGUCCUCUGCACGCUUUCCGCCUUAUCCAACUGUCCACGAUUCAGGCGAAAGGGUAUACUUGGAUUUUCUGUUGGUCAUGGAAGAUCACAAGAGGACAUUUAUAAAGACUUGCAAAGUGCUGGCGUAGGCGCCACGCCCGGAUUGGUGGCGUUUACCAUAAAAACUAAGGCUGUGGACGUAGAUGAGUCCCAAGUUUAUCAGGAAUUGCUCUGUUUCUCGAGCAAUUCUCAGCGCGAUUGGCCUUCCGCGGAGAAGGGUGGUGCUAUUUCCGGAGGUGAGAAAAGGGAUUAUGUGAUCCAGGAGCUUGUAGAGACCGAACGAAAUUACACAGAGGUUCUCAGUAGUUUACUCAGGCAUUUUGCGCGUCCGCUAUCAUCGUUACUCCGGCCCGAGGACUCAACACGCAUCUUUUUCGGCAUCAAGGAACUUGCAGAGAUCCACGUGGGCUUCCACAGUCAGCUGCGCAAGGCGCGAAACGGCGCCGCGCUUGCCCAAGUUUUCCUGGACUGGCGGGAGAAGUUCCUUAUUUACGGCGACUACUGCGCAAAUCUUACUCUUGCGCAAAAUACUCUGCAGGAAAUCUGUGCACGUAACGAAGUAAUCAAUCAAGAAGUUAUCAGGUGUCAACAAGAAGCUAACAACGGUAAAUUCAAGCUGCGCGAUAUAUUGUCUGUGCCGAUGCAGAGGGUGCUCAAGUAUCACUUGCUGUUGGACAAGUUAGUGGAAGAAACUCCGCGUGAAUGGGUUGAAGAUUGCCAUGCGCUGACAAAGGCGAGGGAAGUAAUGGUCGAUGUCGCUCAGUAUAUAAAUGAAGUAAAACGCGAUUCCGACACAUUGGAUAUCAUAAAGGAUAUUCAAGCAUCAAUAAUCGAUUGGGAUGUGCCCGAAGAUGCGCAGUUGAAAGAUUUCGGAAGAUUACUUCGUGAUGGCGAGCUGAAGGUGAAGGCUCACGGCGACCAGCGGAUAAAGGCUCGUUACGCGUUCGUGUUCGAGCAAGUAGUAUUGAUUUGCAAAGCGGGCAGGGGAGACCAGUAUUGUUACCGGGAAACUUUACGAUUAGACGAUUAUAGAUUGGAGGAUCAUAUAGGACGAAGAACGUUGGGUAGAGAUUCGCGUUGGUCCUAUCAAUGGUUACUUGUACAUAAGCAGGCAUACACGGCGUACACAUUGUACGCAAGAACAGAGGAGCAAAAGCAGAUGUGGAUAAAGGCACUGCAAGAUGCAAUGGAUAAUGUCAAUCCCGCGGCCUGUCGCAAUACCAAUCACAAGUUCAAGUUGACGACGUUCGAUGCUCCUAGAAGCUGUCAACGGUGUGGAAAGUUUCUCAAAGGUCGCAUAUUCCAGGGUUACAAAUGCGAGAUAUGUCGCCUAGCCGUGCACAAGCAAUGCAUCGCGCAUUCGGGUCGCUGUGUACCCACGGCACCGCUGUUGACUCCGCCUCCACCCCUACCUUGUGAACGCGCGCUUGCCACGAAGUUGUGGUUCGUUGGGGAGAUGGGUAGAGAUACGGCGUCCAACAAGCUGGAAUCUCGCGAAGAUGGCACGUACAUGUUGCGCGUCCGUCCAGCCGGACAGCCGCGCCUCAAGCAUGAAACGAAUUAUGCGCUCAGUAUCAAGGCGGAAGGAGCGGUGAAACAUAUUCGAGUGUUCAAACGUGAUGUGGAUGGUGCGGAUCUAUAUUAUCUCAGUGAGUCCCGAUUCUUCAAGAGCGUCUUUGAAAAGCUGGAUCAGCGUCUACUAUGGCCUUACCGGCGAGUUCUAGCUAAAGCACUAUUCGACUUUCGCGGCAGCGAACGCAAUCAACUAAGCCUGCGACGUGGUUGUCGCGUCGUGGUACUAAGCAAGGAGGGUGAUGCCAAAGGAUGGUGGAAGGGUAAAAUAGGCGAUCAAGUAGGAUUCUUUCCAAAAGAGUAUGUGGAAGAGGAGUAGAACUGUUAAAGUCAAAUUAUAUUUAGAUCAUUGCAUAUAUACCGAAUUUUUAAAAUUUUAAGAUGUCUCAUAAUUGAUUAUUAUAUAUUAUGUUUAAAUAUCUGUAAUUUUGGUAUUUGGAUUAAGAAUGAUCAAAAUGAUUGAAAUAUUCCGCAUCAUGCUGAUAUAUUCCUCUGUUGAUAUGGCUUUUCUACCUUUGUUUGAUUUUUAUGGCAUCUAAAUUGCUCGUUUUUGUCUAGAUCUUAAAUCUUUUUUUGUUUUUAUACAUUUGAUAGUAUCUGUUGAAAUAUGGUAUUAACAUAUGAAAAGGAUAAAUAUUAUAAAAACAUUAACACAUAUGUGGGGCAUGAAACUGAGGAAACAUUUUUGAAUUUUACUGUUCAUAAAAAUUUUUUUAUGUUCCAUAUAAAGUCAUGCAAAUUGCUUCUUAUUCUGAGAAACAUAAUUGAAAAUUUUAUCUAUCGUAUAUAUCUUGUUUUUUUUUCACAGAUCCGUGAAAAAAAUAUAAAACCGAUAUUUUAUACGCAACGAUCUAAUCUAAUUAAUAUUCAUUAAUCUCUGAAUGGUCAAUAAAUGCGAUACACCGUGAUAAUCACUUAUGGUGCAAUCAUGGUAAUUUUAUUAAUAUAUACCUCAAUAGGAAAAAAAUAAGAGGAACGAAUUUAAUCGCGAAGCAUUUUGCAUUGUAUAAGAAAAAAAAGAGAAAAUCUAAAUAAAUCUAUAAUCUCGCGCACGUAACUUCGAUGUUACUUGUUCUCUUAGAUUUUACGAAAUCCGAAUGCAUCACACAUAUACUGUUGUAAUGCAUACUUGAUGCUACGCUUAGAUAAAUAUUCUUAGCCACAUGUAUAGAAUUAUAAAAAGAUAACAAUUAUUUUUUACUGUGACACGCCAUUUCUGAUUAUCAUUAGAAGGCGAUUAAUAUAAAGGCACAUCAUAAAGAUUAAAGUUGUUCAUUCGAAAAUACCAUUAGAAAAAUAUAUAUCGUGCAUAUACUAAAUACAGAAUAUUCUUAAAAAGAUGGGAAUUGAAUUGUCUUUUUAAGAAAUCUCGAAUUAAAUUUUUUU